AUGGCAUCCCGCAUCGCUCUGUCAGCCCGUCCUAUUGCCCGCGGCGCUUUCGUCGUCGGUAGACAGACCGCUCCCCUCGGCCGGGGCUUCAGCAUCUCCACGACGAGAACGCAGGGUCUGAAGGAGUCUUCUGGACACACCGACAGCGAGACGCACGAGAAGCACAAGCAGGACUCCCUCUCCAAGCAGAAGCAGGGCAAGGGCCACUGGAAGCCCGAGCUCGCCUCCGACAGCGAGGAGGCCAUCAAGGCGGAUCGCGACGAGCACAUCGACCCCAAGAAGUUGCAGGAGAAGACUGCUGGCAAGGCGUCAUAA